AUUAUCUUAAUUAUUAAUAUGUUCUUUGUUCUUGACAAUCAUACAGAAGGUAGAUUCUUUUCUUCAGAGUAAGGAGAUAUUUGAUUGUUUUGCAUUUCCUGUACACUUCGUUUUAGCAUCGGAUUGCCUCGUUCUGAUCAUUUUUGUAGAUUCUUAAGCCAUUGAUAGCAUAUCUAUAAAAAACUUAUGGAAGAUAGGUUUAUAUAGUCUUGAAUUCAACGCAAUAGUUUGUAGUUCUGUUUGUUAUUGGAAACAUGGAGCACGAACAUAUUCUUUUGCUUCAGAAAAUUUUGGUUGUUCUGUUUUCUGUUGCUUUGUUCUGGAAGAUAAUCAAGUACAUGUGUGGCCUUUUAAACGUAGAAAAGGAGCCUGUGACAGUUCUCGUUACUGGCGCCGCAGGGCAAAUUGGCUAUGCUCUUGUUCCUAUGAUUGCUAGGGGGGUCAUGUUAGGGCCUGAUCAACCUGUAAUUCUUCACAUGCUUGAUAUUGAACCCGCUGCUAUGGCCUUAAAUGGAGUCAAAAUGGAACUGAUUGAUGCUGCCUUUCCUCUUCUCAGGGGUGUUGUUGCUACCACGGAUGUUGCUGAAGCCUGUAAAGAUGUCAAUAUAGCUGUCAUGGUUGGUGGAUUCCCACGGAAGGAAGGUAUGGAAAGGAAGGAUGUGAUGUCCAAAAAUGUAUCAAUUUACAAGGCUCAAGCUUCAGCCUUAGAGCAGUAUGCUGCUCCAGACUGCAAGGUGCUAGUGGUUGCGAAUCCAGCAAACACCAAUGCGCUUAUCUUGAAAGAAUUUGCACCUUCAAUCCCAGAGAAGAACAUCACUUGCCUUACCCGUCUUGAUCAUAACAGAGCAUUAGGCCAAAUCUCUGAGAGAAUAAAUAUUCAUGUUAGUGAGGUGAAGAAUGUAAUCAUAUGGGGCAAUCACUCGUCAACUCAAUAUCCAGAUGUCAAUCAUGCAACUGUCAUACCCACCAAUGGUGAAGAGAAGUCUGUUAGAGAGGCUAUAGCAAAUGACAAUUGGUUGAACACCGAGUUCAUUACCACAGUACAGCAGCGUGGCGCAGCCAUUAUCAAAGCUCGCAAGCUAUCAAGUGCAUUGUCUGCUGCAAGUGCGGCUUGUGAUCAUAUUCGUGAUUGGGUUCUUGGGACUCCGAAGGGAACAUGGGUCUCCAUGGGAGUCUACUCUGAUGGAUCUUAUGGAAUUCAGCCUGGCAUUAUUUACUCUUUCCCUGUUACAUGUGAGAAAGGACAAUGGUCAAUCGUUCAGGGGCUGAAGAUAGACGAGUUCUCAAGGGAAAAGAUGGAUGCAACAGCGAAAGAGCUUAUGGAGGAGAAAACACUGGCCUAUUCUUGCCUUAAUUGAUGAAGAAGUGAAUCAACUUGAUCGUCUUUCCUAAGUUAUAAUUGGAGACUGAUUAAUAAACUCAUGAAAAAUAAUAAUAAAUGGAGAAUAGAGUUAGAUGCCUUCUCUUCUCCUUCCAAUUCUUUAUUCAGGCCAAAUUAUGUUUAUUUAUUUGCA